CACAAAACGUCCAUGUUGUGUCCUAUAACUCUAUACCACGUUGGCACGUUUGGCUUUUAUAAGAGUGUGUUCGGCACAACCAAACUGCUAUCUCCUCAAACACAAACACUGCUGACUGCUGUUUUUGAUACUUCUAUCAAAGAAAUUAUGUCUACUGUUGCUGCAACUUCCGCGAUAUCUUUGUCUUCAAACUUUCUCUCUCAUGAAGGAUUUAAAGGGGAACUCAAUUCUAUCUGUGUCUCACCAUGGAGGAAACAAACAAGAGUAGGAAGAGCUGGUGCUGCUGUUGUUACAGCCAAAUUUGAUUUGAAGCCCCCACCUUAUCCAUUUGAUGCCUUGGAGCCUCACAUGAGCAAGCAAACCUUUGACUAUCAUUGGGGGAAGCAUCAUAGAGCCUAUGUGGAUAACUUGAACAAGCAAAUAGUUGGAACAGAAUUAGAUGGAUUGCCACUUGAAGAAGUAGUACGUAUCACAUAUAACAAAGGAGAUGUACUUCCUUCUUUUAAUAAUGCAGCACAGGCCUGGAACCAUGAGUUCUUUUGGGAAUCCAUGAAGCCUAGUGGUGGGGGAAAGCCUUCCGGCGAGCUUUUGGCGCAAAUUGAAAAGGAUUUUGGUUCUUUUGAAGCAUUUGUUACUGAAUUCAAGACUGCUGGGGCUACACAGUUUGGUUCUGGCUGGGCUUGGCUUGUUUACAAAACAAAUAAAUUGGAUGUUGGGAACGCAGUAAAUCCGAAGCCAUCUGAAGAUGACAAGAAGCUUGCAGUUGUUAAGAGCCCAAAUGCUGUGAACCCUCUCGUUUGGGACUAUUAUCCACUUCUUACUGUCGAUGUUUGGGAGCAUGCUUAUUACUUGGACUUCCAGAACCGAAGGCCUGAUUAUAUCUCAAUUUUCAUGGAAAAUCUUGUUUCCUGGGAUGCUGUCAGUGUAAGAUAUGAGGCAGCCAAGGCUGUUGCUGCUGACAGGGAGAAAGAAACAGCACAGAAUUAAUAAGAUUCUAGCAAGAUGGUUUAUAUGUUAAUUGCGUGAUCAAGUUAAGAAGCAGCAUUUGCGAACAAUUGGUGCAGAGUAUCAAAUUACGAGUUUAUCCAGCCUAGCUGUUGUAGUUGAGCAUAAGUGUCGCUUUCGUCGAUUGUAAAUCUUAAGGGUGCAUUCUAGCUUGUUAUACAGUUUUGAUUAUAAUGCCUGGUGAUACUCAGGUCAAAAUAAGAGCAGCUCAUUGUAAAAUUGUGCUUCUGCUGAGGAGCUUAAACCAGGAAUAAUGCAGGAUUUUGAGAAAGUUAUAAAAUUGCUAUCGAUAUAAUUAGAUUUAAA